CCGGGACCCCCAACAUGAUUGUAUUAAUUAAUUAAUUUAAACGCUUUUUCUUACAAUAAUUUUUCUGUAAUAAUAGCUUCACAUUAAUUAUUCAAUAAUUUUCCAGUUAAUUUUUCUAAUUUCAAUUUUACGAAGUUAUAUUUAUAAUUCGGAGCUCGGCAAAUCUUUCCGGAUUGGGCCCUUAUGAGAUGUUCCCGCUUUCCCGCAAGGUCAGAAUGAGUCCGCAAAACAUCCAGACUGACUGUUUGUUCUCCGGCUUUCUGCUUUCCGCCAAACCUUCCAUUUAAUUCUGCAUAUAGCCUACUAGGUGCCUUCAGCUAUAUACAGACAAUAUGGACGCAGCAACGCGGCGGGUAUUAUCGAGCGGCGUGCGGUUGCACCUGCCAAACCACCUACUAAUAUCCAGAGCCGCUUCCCGCUCCUUCAUUCCCGCAACCGCCACACUCCCCUCCACUACCAGCUCACUGUCCUCCUCUUCCUCGCCCAGACCCCGCGUAUCAACAUGUCCCAACCAAACUCGACACUUCACAAACACUCCCCGCCCCCUUGCGGGCGAAAAUUCCUUUGGCUUCCCCUCCAGCGCUCAACCGGGGCCAACCACCUACUUCUCACACAGACAAUCACUGCCCAUGAACACGGUGAUCAGGUUCGUGCCACAGCAGACCGCGUGGAUUGUGGAGCGCAUGGGGAAGUUUAAUCGGAUUCUCGAGCCCGGGUUGGCGAUCCUAGUGCCGUUUUUGGACCGUAUCGCGUACGUUAAGAGUUUGAAGGAGGCGGCGAUUGAGAUUCCGAGUCAGAACGCGAUUACAGCGGAUAACGUUACUUUGGAGUUGGAUGGUGUGUUAUAUACGAGGGUUUUUGAUGCUUAUAAGGCUAGUUACGGGGUGGAGGAUGCGGAAUACGCCAUUUCGCAACUUGCACAGACUACAAUGCGAUCAGAAAUUGGCCAACUUACUCUGGAUCAUGUGCUGAAGGAGCGUGCAACGCUCAACACGAAUAUUACGCAGGCGAUCAACGAGGCUGCGCAGGACUGGGGUGUUGUUUGUCUUCGAUAUGAAAUCCGAGAUAUCCAUGCCCCCGACGGCGUGGUUGCCGCUAUGCACCGCCAAGUCACCGCGGAGAGGUCCAAGCGAGCCGAAAUCCUGGAGUCCGAGGGUCAGAGACAGAGUGCCAUUAACAUCGCGGAGGGCCGCAAGCAGUCCGUCAUCCUUGCCUCCGAGGCCCUUCGGAGCGAGCAGAUUAACAUGGCCACGGGUGAGGCGGAAGCGAUCAUGCUCAAGGCCGCUGCAACGGCGAAGGGGAUUGAUGCUGUGGCCAAAGCCAUGCGGGACGGCCAGGAGAAUGCCCAGGGUGCCGUCAGUCUGAGCGUUGCCGAGAAAUAUGUCGAGGCCUUCUCGAAGCUGGCGCGCGAGGGCACCGCUGUUGUUGUUCCUGGGAAUGUCGGGGAUAUUAGUGGUAUGAUUGCCAGUGCCAUGGCCGUCUAUGGGAAGGUGAACGAAGGGCAAGUUAAGGCUAUGGCUGCAAAAGCGAUUGGGGCACGGGAGCAGGGAUCACAAGAAGACGGUGGAGAAGGCGAGGAAGGGUCCAAGAAGAGGACGAGGGCCGGGGAGCUGACGCAGAAUCACUUCGGAGACACCGCUAAAAACAUUCCUGCGCCGCCAGGGGACGUUGCGGAUAGUGUGCUUGAGGGAUUCGAGCAAACGAGUCAGCGGAGAAAGUCGUGAUUUGACUAACUCAAACUGCCACCCAUACGCUCGUCGUCCCGUCUAUUAGCUUUCAAAACUGAAUGUACUGUCCGGAUUUCACCGUUAUCACCAUUUCUCUCUCUCGCCCCCCAUUCCUUUCUUGUUUGAUCACCCCACUUCGAGUAUAUCAUCAGCCUUUUCAUCCCUAUUUAUUUGCCUCGUUUUUUCCAAUUAGGUUCUGAAAAAAGAAAACCAGGGAAGGAUUUUUUUGUCUACGCCGCUCAGCAUUUUGAAGGAGCCAGUGAAUUUGAUCCUUUUUAAGUUUUUUUCAGUCGUCUCAUUUUAUUUCUACUUCUACGUGCGUCGGUUUUUCCACAGGGCAUCCGGCCAGCAGAACAAAAGGAGGGGAGGUCAAGAGUGUACUUGUAUUCUAACUAUCGUGUGUGUAAAUAUACCAACUGUUAAAUCUCUCUAUUUUCUCUCUAUUUAUCUCUCUAUUUAUUAUAGAAAAACCAACUUUUCAAUGCAAAAAUCGCUGUAGGAUGACAUCACAUGCACCUCAUCAAAAAUAUUUGAGCUCCAGCUCAUAAAGCUCAGAUCAAUCUUCAAAUCUUCAAUCUUUUUUUCAUUCUGCUCUUUUCAUACAUUCUCUACAGUAUUUACAUUCCUUAUACUCUUCUCUAUGUUCAUUUUUUGAUCUCUGUGUUCAUGGCAUACACUGCUAAAUGCUAUGUAACAUGAUCUCAUGUGAUAACAUGUGCAUCUCUUUGAAUUCAUGGAUGGGAUUGAACAGCUGGCUCUGCAGCCUGUAUGACUCUGAUUAAUCUGAUAGGGGUGAUAGGGGUGAUACGGGGUGGAAGAGGGUGGUAGGGGUGGUAGAGGUAGUGGUGGCGGUAGAGAGGGUAGAGAGCAGAAGAGAUGAUAGAAGUGGUAAGAGAGAGGUGGAAGUAGAGAGUGGAAGUGAUAGGGGGGCUGCGGUGCGGUAGAGGCGGU